UAAGGAAGGACGAAGGAGGGGCAAGGAUGAAGAAGUGGAAAAAGGGAGAAGAAAAAGGAGAUAGAUGGAAGGGAGAACCAUCAAUGGACGUGCGAUGGUGGUGGUAAGGCUAGUUUCCUCAUGCGACCAUAGCGACGAGGCUGGUUGCCUUCUUUUCGCUGUUUUUACUGUUUUCGAUACCUCUACUGAUCUUCGUGGAGCAGUGGAAGCAACCUAUCGGGCAAUCGAGAAUGACAUCCCUGAGAUUGUAUUUGAAUUAUUAAAAGGACCUAACGCUAAUAUAUUAUGGAGCAAUACAGAUCCCGAAGAUUCAAGAAACAUGUUUGCACAUGCUGUAGCACAUCGUCAAGAGAAAGUCGCACGCUUUCUUUAUGAUGAAUUUGGUGAAAGGAAGGAUACAAAUAUGGUUACUGCCACCGAUGAAGAGCAGAACAAUAUAUUACAUAUAGCUGCACGAUUAGCUUCUCAUUCUCAACUAAAUCACAUCUCCGGUGCAGCUUUGCAGUUGCAAAGUGAACUACACUGGUUCAAGUCAGUAGAAGGCAUUGUUCCACAGUUCAACAAACAGAAAAAUAAAGAUGGUGAAACUCCUACCCAAGUAUUUCUUAAAGAACACAAGAAUUUGGUAAAAGAAGCCGAAGGAUGGAUGAAAAAAGUGGCAGAAUCUUGUACAGUCGCAGGUGCUCUCGUUAUCACCAUUAUGUUUGCUGCAGUUUUUACUGUUCCUGGUGGAAACGAUCAAAGCACAGGCUUCCCUAUAUUUUUGAACACAACGAUGAGGUCUAAUCCAACAAUGGAUACUGUUGUACCGUUCAGGGUAUUUGCAGUAUCAGAUGCAAUUUCUCUUUUUGCUGCAUCCAGUUCAGUGCUAAUGUUUAUGGGGAUUCUUACUUCACGUUAUGCUUGUCAAGAUUUCCAUAUAUCCUUACCCAUUAAGUUGAUUAUUGGCCUUUCUUCGCUCUUCAUCUCUAUUGCAGCAAUGAUGGUAGCAUUUUGUGCUACUCUUCUCUUGAUGCUACAUGAUGCAAUGGCGAUAGUCAUUUCAAUAAUAUUUCUUGCUGCUAUUCCAGUCACUUUGUUUAUAUUGCUGCAAUCUCCUCUUCUUGUUGAGAUUUAUGGCUCAACUUUUCGCCCAGACAUCUUUAAUAGGAGAAGAUACUGGAAAUACGGAAAGAAGUCUAGAACCAAACCAUGGAAGCGUAUGGCUAGGGAGCAGGAGGAUUUGGUGAAUGCAAGUGGAGGUAUUAUAGUGUGUAAGAGGCAGGGAUUGAUCCUUGAAGAGGAGAUGCCAGAUAAGAAAAGCAAAAGUGGGGGAGGGAUGGGAAAGUUUGUAGAUCCGGAGAGUGGUUUCGGGAAUGAAACGUUUCUUUUCUCUAAAGCGAUGGCUAUAUGCAUCCCUAGGAUUAGGGUUUCUAGUUUUCUCUCUAUUGAGAGUCGAUGGCUUAGAGGCGGUGUGUUUUGUUUUAGGGACCAUGGAGGUCGGUCGGAUAGGAACUGGAUAGGAGGAAGUACUGGAGGACUCUAUGGAGGUGAUGUGGAGCAAGUAGCACCUCGAAGCAAUUGAGGGUUUGGUGUUGAGGGGGUUGGACAUGAUGACGGGUGGAGCAAAGUGGCCGGCUACAGUUUUGGGAUAUGGUGGUGGGCCUUGCAGUCGAAAAAGGACUGAUGAUGGAGGGUAGACUGGGGGCUCGAGGCAGUGGAUUGUUGCUGGUUGUGGCGGCAGCAAAAUUCUUUUCCGAAAUGUAUAUUUAGGGGGGAAGAUGAGUGAUUUUUGUGGAUUUGAUUUCCCAUAUUUCCGGGCAAAAAAACAAGAAGGUAUUUUUAAUUUUGAUUUAUUUCCUUUUUCGGAGGCUUUCGUGUUGUAACAGGGUUUUAACCCCAAUCUUUUAGUUUUUCUUUGUUUUGUGUUUGGGGAAUAUGAUAGUUUGAGGGGAGUUUAAGAAGCGUGAAGGAUUGAUCAAAGCGUUUUGCUUGGCUUGUGGGAAUUUUUUGUUUCAAGUUUGUUUGUUAUGAACUUCUGAUGUCCUGAGUUUUGGGUCCACUAGUAGCUAUCAGCAUGUCUGUUUUGAACUCUUUCCUAUACUAGGAGGGUUUCUUUUGUAGCUGUUCUAAGAAUUGUGUUUUGAGUAUGUUUGGAGAAAAUGUGUGGUUAAGUUUGUCAAUUGAUUGUUGUGAUUUUUGUUGUGUUAGGGUUGAGUACCCCUUGUAUUCGUGUCAAUAAAUUUUUUUAGUGAUA